UACCGCGGGAGGCGGCGGCCAUCUUGGCGGCGCGCGGCGAUGAGCGGCUCGAGGGCGCGGGCGGCGGCGGGGCCCGAGAAACGGCCGCCGCCGGGGGCCGGGGGGGCGCUCGGCCGCUUGCGGGGGCGGCGCGGCUCUGGCGACGCGGCGACGCGGCCGCCGUGGACCGAGUCCGAGCUGCUGGCGCUGGACACCGUCCGCCCCGAGCACGUCCUGGGGCUGUGCCGGGUGACGGAGAAUUAUUUAUGCAAACCCGAGGACAACAUUUACAACAUUGACUUCACGAGAUUUAAGAUCCGGGAUCUUGAAACUGGAACGGUGCUGUUUGAAAUUGCAAAGCCAUCCGCUUCAGAACGAGAUGACGAGGAUGAAGAUGACAACAGUGAACUGGACACUAGUGCAGGCCGCUUUGUUCGUUACCAGUUCACCCCAGCAUUUCUCCGUCUUCGGACUGUUGGCGCAACAGUGGAAUUCACAGUGGGAGAAAAGCCAGUAUCAAACUUCCGAAUGAUUGAGAGACAUUACUUCCGAGAUCACUUGCUGAAGAACUUUGACUUUGAUUUUGGUUUCUGCAUCCCUAGUAGCAGGAACACAUGUGAACACAUUUAUGAAUUCCCUCAGCUCUCAGAAGACCUUAUCCGUCUGAUGGUUGAAAAUCCAUACGAGACCCGUUCAGACAGCUUUUACUUUGUGGAUAACAAGUUGAUUAUGCACAACAAGGCCGACUAUGCUUACAAUGGAGGACAAUAAUCAUUCUGUGUCCACCAGAUGCUGUGAUGCUGUUAACCAUUCCAGAUGUCCAGGAGUGGACUGGAGUUGCUGUCUCGUGCAACAAGGCUUCUUGCCAGACUUUUUCCUCUUCUGUGAGGCUGAAAACAUGAAGCAAAGACGACAGCUCAUGAAAGUAAAGGAGUCUCCCUGCAAAACUUCUCUACCCGACACUCAACAUAUCCUGCUUUCUGUUCUCUAUUUCUGGCUACCUGCUGGUCAUGGAUCUGAAGCACUGUUAGGAAUUUCUUGCUGUUAGAGUCUUUUUAGUUAGGUGCACCUUUAGUGUUUCUAAUGCUUCAUCUGUUGGGUGACUUCCUUCCUUCAAGAGGUCAGAUCCUUUGGGUAAGCUGUUUUUUAGCAGAAGAAGCAGAAGCCCUUCGAGUAGCCAGUGACACCUCAAGAGCAGAUCUCUUCUUCAGUUGGGUAGGUCUUCCCUUCAGCGCACAGUGGUUUAGUUUGUAGCCUGGCUUUUUAGGGUGCAUCUCAAUAUUUUCUAGUGGGAAAGAUAAAAUAAGAGACUAAUUCAGCUUCUAAGCAAUACAGGAGUCUUCUUUAGACUCCAGGGGCUUGAGCUGCCCCCAAGAACAGCUUAAUCUAUGUUUUACCAGAGAUUUCACUAGACAUAAAAGAUAGGGGAGGGAAAGGGGGCUUUAUCCAUCUGGGUUGGUCAAUGAGUCAGUCUGAUAGCAAUUCUGUUUGAGCUCUUACGAACAAGUUGUUGCAUUUUGGAGCUCGGGCCAACCUUAGAGCUGAAGUUAAUCUCACAAUAAUUACCAUUUCUCUUGCUUCCCUUUGUGUAGGAAUUUUUGGCUCUUGCUACAGAAUAUAUUGACAGCACAUUAUCUGUCUAACUGAAGGGGAGAUGUCAGUCUAGUAGGGCUUAGAGGAAAAAUGGGAGAAUGUGGAAAAAAUGCCUGAAAAAUGUGUAUGAGGCUAGGCUUCAAUCUCUCUGUACUUUUAAACCCAAAUGGUCUGUCAGAGGUGCUCUCACCCGUUCAUUUGCUUUGUUUCGAUUGAGGUAUUAGUAGCUAAAAGUUUCCCUGGUCAGUGUUACAGAGUGGGAUUUUUACAGAGUGAGAAUUUACAUGAUUCUCUUCUUAAUUGUUUGCAUUCCCAUCACUGCUUUGCCUACUUAGCUGUCUAUUUAUGGUUUCUGAAGUUCUGCUGAGUUAGUUACUACCAGACCAGAGGGUGUACGUCACAGCUGCAUUUGGGAUCUGACAAUAAGAAAGAACAUCAUGCAGUGGGAGGAGGAGACCCAUGUCUUCCCAGCAGCUAUGCUGGAGCCCAGCUUCUGACCAUACAAAAUCUCAGCUAACAAGACCCUUCUCUGCCUAUUUUGCUGGCUCUCGAGACUGGCACUUUUCCUUUCUGCAGCUGGGCUCGAUCAGUCCUGCCUCUUGUUGGUGAGUGUUAGCUCGUAUUUAGAGUAGAGACCUUUGCUACUAUUAGUUCCACUUGUUCUUGAGGCAGUUGAAACCUAACUCCUUGAUGGGUACAGCACCUGUACCUCUUGUGGUAUGUAAGAUUUGUCAUAGUUUAUGUUUUAUCAGGAUUAAGUUUAGUGGACGUCACAGUCUGGAGUCUGUUAAUGCAGAGGCAGCAGUAGGGAAACGCCUGCCUUUAUCUUGCAGAUUAAUGCUGUUAACUUUGGCAUAGAAGAUCAGCUGGCACCACGGUAAGCAGUUGAGAGUAUGUGAGGUGGCAGCCAUGAAAGAAUCUCCAGCUCUUUGGAAGAUAUUUAAUUACGACUAACCACAACAAAUGACCCGUUCUGGGUGGAGCAUUAAUCAUGAGCAACCACAACAGAUGUCUAGGGAAUGCAGAGGGAUGAUAUCUGUGUGGAUGAAAGACGAAGAAUGAUUCUACCAUCAGUUCCCUCCAGCAUCUCCAAAGGCACUUAGGCAAUCUCAUCUAGUUAUUUCAGAAUUAGUUUAAAGCUUGCAAGGUGGAGCUUGAGUUGCCUAUUGCAUCGAUUGUCUUCAGAAGGCCUUGUGCUGUGCCGGUGAGGUGGGAAACAUCUGUUCUGGUGCAAGAACAGAGUUGCUCGUGACAGGAUGGAAUUGUCUGGAAGUGUGUUUUUCAUCCUGAAAUGUUCCAAGAUGCUCAGGAUGGUGUCUGAAGAGCCUGGUAGUUAUUCCCUGGGAAAUUUUAGCAUACUGAGCUGAAUUUGUAUGUAGUAUAAAUCCAGGUGCCUUUAAAUGUUAAUUCUAUCUUAUUUUUUGUAUGAAGCAACCUCUUGCUUUUCUUACAAUUGGGGUGGUUCCCAUGUGUUUUCUAUGUCACUGUGUGAAGGUUCUUAAAAGGAAGAUGGACUGUUGCCAGGGCAAGCAGCAGAAUUUGCUGCACAGGCCAAUAUCACCUUGUAUGAGCUGUUGGUGUCGACAUGCAGCCCUGCAUGGUCAGGUAUUUGUAGGGCUGUGGGUGCCGUCUAGGCACUGCUCUGCAGAAAGCGACUGAGGUGGGAGAGCACUGCCAAAUUUAAAUGUAGCAUUGGAAUGCUUACAGAAAAGCGGAUUCCUGUCUUCCUACCUCUGCCACAAAUGAAGGAAAAAAGCUUUGAAGCAGGUGCUUUCCCAUUGGUUUCAGAUGUUUAGCAAUAAGAAAAGGAAAGCUGGAGGAAAAUAGGAAUGCUUGCAGGCAGCAGUAGCACAGCCCAGUUUCUAGCCAACCUUGUUUGCUUUGCCAAAUUAGAAAGUCUCUGCCCAAAAAGCAUGCUGCAGAAAAGAAGCCCCUACAGGAGAGCAACCCAGCACUGAAAAAGUCGUUUGUAAUCCAGAAAGUCAGGGAUUUCCAUACUCCUGUCCCCACAUCAGCCACUUUGCUGAGGUUCCUUUUCUCUUAGAUGCUUUCUAUAAAGUGUCUUCUCUUUGUGGCAAGAAUGAUGUCUUUGGUAAACAUGUUUUAAUGGAGUAUCUUCCUUCUGGAUUGUGUGCUGUGAUGCUUUAAUUAUGGUUCAAAAUUACUCAUGCCAGUGAGCUAGGACUAAAUUCCAGUGAGAUCUCAUCAGGUAGAUGGGCUGUCCUAGCCAGGUGCUGAACGCAAAGGAGAUGCUUUCUGUUUCGGUUGAAGUUUGACCAAGAGAAAAGGUAUCUGUGCAGACAGCUUCUUUCAGGUCAUGUACAGAGUUGGAAAGAGAAAGGAGUUUGGAUCGAACUGUGUUUUGCUAUAACAAAAAAAGGACCAAACCUACA